AUGGCUCAGAGCAACGAUCCUUCAAAUAUUGUUCGUCCCAAUGGUUUAUCACAAGAUGCUCAAGGUCAUUGGUAUGAAUUAGGUUCGCCGACUCAAGUUUUACUUGAACAACAACAAAACUUGAAUAAUAAUAAGAAGCAUUCAAAGAAGAAAAAACGCCAUGGUAAUCGAAAACAACAACACCAACGACGCAGACUACGCCGUCAACAAAAAAAACAGAAUAAUACUACUACAAAUCAUACGGAUCAAGGUAUUUUAAUUGUGAUAGACGAUACAGACGAUAAUCCAGAAGAAGAUGGUGAAGAACAGCCAAUUCAACAAAACGUACAGCACAACCAACAUAGAACAGGAUUAGAAAAUAAACGUAAGCGGCAAGAAAUUAAUGAAGAUGAUAUUCAAAUCAGUCGAUCUUUCAAUCAAUUAUCAGUAUCACAAAGAAAUUUAAAAAAGACAAAGUCAACAACGGGAAAUAAUUCAUCGAAUAACGAAAUAUCGAAUGUAGUCACUGAUGCUAAUGAAAAA